AAACUAUCGAAGAAAAUUCAAGUGCUAUUUUAGACUUUAAAAAGAAAGGAGGUCGCCCUAGAUUUGAACAUAUUUGGAAAAAUUUUAUUAAAAUUCUGAAGCCUAAUAAAAAACAUCCUGGUGCUAAAUGUAACUACUGUUCUAAAAAGUGGGAACGAGGUAAACCUGCACAAAUGGAAAUUCAUCUUGCACGACUUUGUACAAAG